UCGUCCACUCGUGCUCUCCCGCGCGGCGUAGUGGUAGUGACGUAACAGUCGCGCACGGACCUUCGCUGCGGCUCUGCGGACAGACUUCCCUUCGCCGCGGCGCGAGCUCCUGGCGUUGCGGUACAGCGGCGCGCGGACAGCCUUCCGCAGUAGGGUUCCGGCCCUCUGGCGCCUGGCAGCCGCCCGCUCCCUUCACCCAGAGCCAUGGCGGCAGCGGGUGGGCCGGAAGCUACUGGACGCUGCCCCCUUCUCAGCCUUCUUUUGCUUCUGCUCCUCGCCGGCCCUGCUCUCGGCUGGAAAGACCCUGACAGGAUAUUGUUGCGGGACGUCAAAGCUCUUACCCUCCACCAUGACCGCUAUACCACCUCUCGCAGGCUGGAUCCAAUCCCGCAACUGAAAUGUGUUGGAGGCACAGCUGGAUGUGAUUCUUAUACCCCAAAAGUCAUACAGUGUCAGAACAAAGGUUGGGAUGGGUAUGAUGUACAGUGGGAAUGUAAGACUGAUUUAGAUAUUGCAUAUAAAUUUGGAAAAACUGUGGUGAGCUGUGAAGGCUAUGAAUCCUCUGAAGACCAGUAUGUACUAAGAGGUUCCUGUGGCUUGGAGUAUAACUUAGAUUACACAGAACUUGGCCUGAAGAAAUUGAGAGAGUCUGGAAAAAAACAUGGCUUUAGCUCUUUCUCUGAUUAUUACAACAAACUGUACUCCCCGGACUCUAGUGGCAUCAGUGGAUUGAUUACCAUCGUAGUACUACUUGCUAUUGCUUUUGGAGUUUAUAAAGUGUUCCUUAGUGAUGGUCAGGAUUCUCCUCCGCCAUAUUCUGAGUAUCCUCCAAAUUCCCAUCGUUACCAGAGAUUCACCAACUCAGCAGGACCCCCUCCUGCAGGCUUUAAGUCGGAAUUCACAGGACCGCAUGGUGCAGCUUCUGGUUUCGGCAGUGCUUUCACAGGACAGCAAGGAUAUGACAAUUCAGGACCAGGGUUCUGGACUGGCUUGGGAACUGGAGGAAUAUUAGGAUAUUUGUUUGGCAGCAAUAGAGCAGCAACACCCUUCUCAGACUCGUGGUACUACCCGUCUCCUUCGUACUCCAGCACAUGGAACAGCCGUGCGUACUCACCCCUUCGUGGAGCCUCAGGGAGCUAUUCGGCAUAUUCAAGCUCAGAGACAAGAACCAGAACAGCAUCAGGAUAUGGUGGUACCAGAAGACGAUAAGAGAGUAGAAAGUUGAAGUCAAACACUGGAUGCAAAAUCUCUGAUUUUUCAUCACUUUCUUAGGGAAAAAAAAGCGCUACCUGCUAACGACUGGGGAAGGGGAAGAUGUAAAAGUUGUGUGGGUUUUGGUCCUGUAUUGCUUUUUUGUGCUCUAUUACUUGAGAUUAACAGUUGAUAUAUGAGAAAAUGCUUCUGUAGAGAAUUGUAUGUUAGUGUAACAUGCAGUUAUGUUUUACAGUUUCUGAAAGUGAUGAUGACUGUGGAAAGCUGAAAAAUGUAUUGAUUUUUUUAAACCUGUGACAUCAUUAAGAGUGAAGGCUAAAUUUAUGACCAUUAGACACUGAGUACAGAAAAUGUCAGUCUUACAUGAUUUUAGUUAGAGUCAUUACCUUAUAAAAAUGAUAAUCUAUUUGACAUUUGCUGUGUGGUGUUUACUGUUCUUCAAACAUUAAACCAAGCUUCCGACUACCAGUUAUACUUAUCUGUAUGUUCUGAUCACUUUUGAGCUCAGGAGCUUUGAAUCCUUCUGUGGUAGUGGGCUUCAAUUAAGUAAGAAUGACCUUUUUUGGGAAAAAGUAGAGAAUAAGCAUCUAGAAGGUUGUUGCGAAUGAUAGUGCUGACAAAGAUGGCUUGAAACCUCCAUAUUCAUUUCUUAAGAAGUAAUGUUUAAAUGCCUCAGCAAAGGUUUUUACUAGCAAAAGCAUGCAGUUCUCUGUGGGAUCUCCAGUGUUGUUGUAGCAAUCUGUUUCUAUCUUACAUUAAAAUGACGAGAAAAAUAAAAACAAAGAAGAGGU